AUGGUCAAGGAAACAAAGCUCUAUGAGACUCUUGGAGUCAGCCCAGAUGCCACCGAGGCGCAAUUGAAGAAGGCAUACAAGACCGGUGCCCUCAAGUACCACCCAGACAAGAACGCCAACAACCCGGCUGCCGAGCAAAAGUUCAAGGAGAUCUCUCACGCAUACGAAAUCCUUUCCGACUCCCAAAAACGCGCCGUCUACGAUCAGUAUGGCGAGGCUGGCCUUGAAGGUGGUGCCGGUGCCGGUGGCGGCAUGGCUGCCGAGGACCUGUUCGCUCAGUUCUUCGGCGGCGGCGGCUUCGGCGGCGGUCUCGGUGGUAUGUUCGGCGGUAUGAACCAGCAGCGUGCGCCCGCGAAGGCAAAGACUAUUCAUCACACCCAUCACGUAUCGCUCGAGGACAUCUACCGCGGAAAGAUCUCCAAGCUGGCCCUCCAGCGCUCUAUUCUCUGCCCCAAGUGCGACGGCCGCGGCGGCAAGGAGGGCUCCGUCAGACGGUGUGCUGGCUGCGAGGGUCAGGGUACCAAGAUCAUGAUGAGGCAAAUGGGUCCCAUGAUCCAGCGCUUCCAGACUGUUUGCCCUGACUGUAAUGGCGAAGGCGAGAUGAUUAAGGAGAAGGAUCGCUGCAAGCAGUGCAACGGCAAGAAGACCGUCGUCGAUCGCAAGGUCCUCCACGUCCACGUCGACCGUGGUGUUAAGAGCGGUACCAAGGUCGAAUUCCGCGGUGAGGGUGACCAGGCGCCUGGUAUUCUCCCCGGCGAUGUUGUGUUUGUCAUCGAGCAGAAGCCCCACCCCCGCUUCACCCGUCAGGAGGACGACCUCCUUUACAAGUGCGAGAUCGAUCUCGUUACCGCCCUUGCCGGUGGUACCAUUUUCAUCGAGCAUCUCGAUGAGCGCUGGUUGAGCGUCGACAUUCUUCCCGGCGAGGCCAUUGCGCCCAACGCCGUCAAGAUGAUCCGUGGCCAGGGCAUGCCUUCCUACCGCCAUCACGACUACGGUAACAUGUUCAUCCAGUUCUCCGUCAAGUUCCCCGAGAAAGGCUGGACUGAGGAACCCGCUGCUUUCGAGGCUCUUCGCAAGUACCUUCCCGCCCCCGCUGUUCUCAACGUACCUCCCCAGGAGGCUAUGACUGAGCCUGCGGAUCUCGAGGACGUCGAGGGCAACGGAGCCGGCCGUGGCUUCUCCAACAGCCCCAUGGAGGAGGAUGACGAGCCCCAGGCCGAGCGCGUUCAGUGCGCCUCGCAGUAA